AUGAUAUUCUGUAUUAAGAACAAAAUUAUAAAUAUAUAUUUUGAAUUUAAUGGUAUAUUUCCUCAAUGUAAAGAAGAAUAUAGUAAGGCUCAAAGUACUUAUCCUUUUGAAGGUAUAUAUCAUGAUCUAAAUAGUCAUAUUUAUAGAUCGUGCCAGGAAUUUACUAAAAAUGAUUCUCAGAAUUAUAAUUGUAAUUUAAGUGGGUUCGUUAUUCAAUGUAUGUAUCUUGGUCGUUACUUAUAUCACAUACAUAACAAAAGCAAUAUGGAAAAAAAAAAAAAUUGUAUAUAUUUCCGUUACCUUCUAAAAAAACAUCUAAGAGAUUAUAAAUGUAAAAAUAUUGAAACUAUAGAAGCCAAUUUUAAUAAAAUAAAUAUGUCUAAUGGAAAUAAAUUUUUUUUGCCUGAUGUUCAAAAUGUUUAUAAUAUAUGUAAUGAGUAUACUGAAUUCUCUGAUGAAAUAUUUGUUACAUUGCAAAAACUUGAAAAUAUGAUUAUUGAAUUUGAAAAAUUUAGAAGAUAUGAUAAUCCACAAUCUAUUACAGAAGCACUGAGUCAUGCAGCUGAUUUUAUGACAAUGUUACAGGACUUUUUAAAAAUAGAUUAUGGAGCACAAAACAGGUCUUUAAUUGACAUAUAUCAAAAAUAUAGUGGGCAAUAUAAUGAGAUUAUGAAUAGAAUAACUCAGUAUGAAGAUGCUAAGAAGAAAAUUAAAGCUCCUACAUUACAUAAUACUACAGAAAUAGUAAGUAUGGUAGACACAAUUCCCAAAAUUGUAACCACAGAAGAAUUCAAAAAUGAGAACACAAAAAAAUUUACAAGUGAAUCCACACAUAGUUCCACAGAAACAUCAACAGAAUUACACUUGGUAAAUAUGACAAAAAAAAGCACAGACCUUGCUACGGGUACGGGGGUAGGAAUUGUUGUAUUAAUGUUUGCACUUUCGUUAGUAAUAUUCAUAUUAUAUAAGGUUAUAUAUAAAUUUAAUUUUGUAUAUUGUACUCCUUAUAGUCCUGCUUUAAAGCGAUGUGUAUGGAAUUUAAAGAGGAUGGAAAAUAAAAGAUCUAUUGAACAUUUCGACCCAAUGGAUUCCGUUGAAAUGGAAUACAAGAAUUUUGUUGAUAAUAAAUAUAGCAUAGCAUAUAGCUCAGUAGAAUAUCCUCGAUUUAGGAAUAAUAACAAUUUAUAA